CCGAGCACGCACAUCAUGAGCAACGGCAGGCAUUUGGCUAAAGGCUCAUCCACGCCGGAUGUGCCCGAGGACGGCAUCCUGCGGCUGUACUCAAUGCGCUUCUGCCCAUUUGCCCAGCGCGUGCAUCUGGUGCUGGAUGCCAAGCAGAUCCCGUACCACAGCAUUUAUAUCAAUCUCACAGAGAAACCGGAGUGGCUGCUGGACAAGAAUCCGCAGGGCAAGGUUCCGGCUCUGGAAAUCGUUCGGGAGCCAGGACCACCGGUGCUCACGGAGUCACUGCUCAUUUGCGAGUACCUGGACGAGCAGUAUCCGCUGCGACCGCUCUAUCCACGUGAUCCGCUCAAGAAGGUGCAGGAUAAGAUUCUGAUUGAAAGAUUUGGCACGGUGCUGGGUGCCUUCUUCAGGGCCUCCGACGGCGGGGAGCUGGAGCCCUUCUGGAGCGGCCUGGACACCUACGAGCGGGAGCUGAGUCGGCGCGGCACUGACUUCUUUGGCGGCGAGCAGACCGGCAUUCUGGACUACAUGAUCUGGCCCUGGUGUGAGCGCCUCGAACUCCUUAAGUUGCAACGCGGCGAGGACUAUAACUACGAUGAAGAGCGCUUUCCGCAGCUGACCCUUUGGCUGGAGCGCAUGAAGCGGGAUCCUGCUGUGAUGGCCUUCUACAUGGAGGCCGAGGUCCAGGCGGAGUUUCUGCGCACGCGCAGCUUGGGUCAGCCCAACUACAAUCUGCUGGUCAAGGAUGCCUGAUGCUGAUGCACUUGGUUUAUUUGAAUUUUUUUAGCAUGGAAUGAAUAAAACAUAGUUGCAGUUCAAAACCGG